UGCAAAGCCGAGCGUACUCCGAUCACAGUCGACGCAAUAGAUCCCACAUAUUUAACCGAAUCCACAUUCCUCAACAAACUUCAAUCUGAAGUCAACGGCUGGGUCAAGAAAAUUCAAAAAGUCACCCAGCUUGAGCAAGACCCCGCUACUGUGACAGCAAGUCAAGAAAUAAACUUUUGGCUGAAUAUGGAGAAAUCGUUAGAAGCAAUCGAAAGACAAGUCAAGAGUGAAGAAGUGACGUUUACAAUGGAGCUAUUGAACACGGCCAAGCGUUUUCAUGUAACUACAUCAUUCUAUGCUGACACUCGACUAAAAGAAGCAACCGAGAAG